CAGAAGCAUACCAUACACUGCAGGAUAUACUUAUACUAACUUAGCAUUAGAUCUAUUGACUACAGCAUUUGCUACUGCUCGUGUUAGUGAAGGCAUCCCUCGUGUAGUUGCUGUUCUUACUGAUGGACAGUCUACUAAUGGUUCAGCAACUGUACAAGCUGCUCAAGCUGUCCAUGAUGAUGGGAUUUAAGUUUAUUCUUUUGGUAUUGGGGAUGGUAUAAGCUAUGAGGAGCUAGUUGCCAUUGCUUCUAGUGGCCAAGGUAAUGUUUUUAAUGUCAGUGGUUUCUCAUCUAGUGAUUUUGGGGGUGUGUUGAGACAGUUACAAGUAUCAACAUGUUCAACUCCAACCAUAUUGGAGACUGGAAUGGAGAUUGCUACUACCCUUCCGAAAGGUUCAUCUCGUUUGUUACAGUAUGAGUUUCCAUCAAUGGGAAUGACACUAAAAAUUGAUAUUAAAUUGGGAAAUUUGGUGGCUCGUGGAUCAUUUAGUGUACAAAAUCCAAAUGAACUCACACAAGAUUUCUUUGUUAUGAGCAAUGGAAAUGACAUUGAUUAUUUCAUUAGUCCAGAAUUAUAUAUACAGUCAACUACUGAUGAUGAUGAUGAUGGACGCCAUACUAAUGAUGCUAAUGUGUACUUGUCUAUUGUUGGAUUGAAUGAUAACAAUGCAUUUGUAUUGAACACUACUUUUGGUGAUACUACUGAGAGCAUUCCAACAACUCCCUCUACUGGUACCAGUGUUCUGGGCUCAAUGAUACUUAUGAUGGUUGCUUUGCUCUGUUUCUUCCUCUUUAUAUAGAUGUGGGGAGCUUGUCUUUGACUUUUGUGUGUGUGCUUUAAUAUGACUAGUUGUAGGCCUCUUUCUUUGAUUGUUUUAGAUCCGCUGCACAUUUUCUUAGAAAUAAGUUAACUAAUAAUGUUUUGCUUUCUCUUUUGUCUUUAUUUUAGUCAGCACAAUAUUUUUGCUUUUAAAGUUUUUGAUUGCUUUUUCAAGAAUUUUUUGACUGCAUGAUGUUAA